AAUAUUACAUUUUUCGAGGUUUUUUCAAUUACAACUAAAAAUACUCCUUUUGUUCCUAUUUCACUGGAUUUGUUUUGAAAUAGAUUUAUUUUGCAGAUAUUUUAGAUCAUAUGGUGUUGUGUUGACAUUUGUCAAGUAACAGAUAUUUUGAAAGCCGACAAAUCAAAAAAAAAUACCUUAAAUGAGAAGUUAAGAGUAUGUAUCAUAAAUUAUCAAAAAUAUUUUGGCCUCGUUCCGUUAUCCCAAAAGAUGCAAUUAACAUUAAAGCACAAGGUAUUUUGUCAAAGAGCCAGAAACUCAUGCUUGAUUUAGGGCUUAUAAAGCCAAUAGGGAAUGGUACUUAUCAGAUAACUCCAAUCGCACAAAGAUCUUUGGAUAAAUGUGUGUCUCUUGUAACAAAGCAUAUGGACAAAAUUGAAGGCCAGAAAAUGUCACUUUCACUUUUAACGCCAGCAGACUUAUGGCAAAAAUCUGGACGUCUUUCUAAUACAAGUGAACUUUUUUUAUUUACAGAACCAUUGAGCAAUAAACCGUUGCAUUUACUUAGUCCUACACAUGAAGAAUCUGUGACAAAUUUGUUAUCACAAUCACAACCAAUUAGUUAUAAACAACUACCAAUUUUAUUAUAUCAAAUUGGUUGGAAAUUUAGAGACGAACUUAAACCGCGUUUUGGAAUGAUUCGUGCUAAAGAAUUUUUAAUGAAAGAUUUAUACAGCUUUGAUAAAUCUAUAGAGGAUGCUAAAAAUACUUAUGACAUCGUAACAUCGCAAUAUAAUAGAAUUUUUGAUUCUCUUCAACUCCCAUGGGUAAAAAUUGAAGCAGAUUCAGGAAUAAUGGGCGGUCAGCUAUCUCAUGAAUACCAUAUCCUUUCCGAUAUAGGGGAAGAUAAUAUCAUAAAUUGCAGAAAUUGUGGAUUUUGUGCGAAUGAAGAAUUAUACAAAAAUUCCAAAAAUAAUUGUAUUAAGUGUAAUUCGAGCCAGUUAAGUAUAUCAAAAGGCAUUGAAAUCGGCCACACUUUUUUCUUGAAUGAGAAGUAUUCUACACCAUUAAAAGCAAAUUUUUUAAAUGUAACAGGCAAAACAGAACCAUUAAUAAUGGGAUGUUAUGGAAUUGGUAUUACUCGUUUAAUAGCUGCCUCUUUAGAAGUUCUUUCUAACGAAACUGAAUUAAGAUGGCCAAUUCUACUAUCUCCAUAUGAUGUUUGCGUUAUUCCACCAAAAGAGGGAAGUAAAGAAGCAGAAUUUGUAAAUAUACAUUUGAAAUCAAUAAUGAGUGAUAUAGUUCAUGUAUGUGGCGAAGAUUCUGUUUUAGUUGAUGAUCGGACGAAUUUAACAAUAGGUAAAAGGUUAUUAGAUGCGAAAAAAAUGGGUUACCCAAAUAUUAUAAUAAUCGGAUCAAAAUACGUUUCUGAUGAUCAAAAAAUUGAAAUAUUUCAAACUAAAGAAAAUAAAUCAGAACUUUUAGAGAUAAAAGAUAUUUUAAUGCUGCUAAAGGAAUAUAAAAACGAGAAAAAUAAUUUAUUUUCUUAUAUUUAAAUUAUAUUAUAUGUUAUAAGUGUUGUUUUAUAAUAAAUUUCAUAAAAUUUA